AUGGAUAAGAUUCAAUCAUUCCCAGAUAUCAGCCAAACAUGUGGAGAGACCUCAAUGGAUGAGACCUUACUUUUGUACACUUUGGAGCUGAACUAUCAACCACGACGAGGACUGAGGAGGAGACCCAGAGGUCGCCCCGUCACCCCUGAGGAGAAGACCCAGGAAGUCGCCCGUCACCCUGAGGAGGAGACCCCAGGAAGGUCCCGCCCGUCACCCCGAGGAGGAGACCCCAGGAGGUUGCCCGUCACCCCCGCAGGAAGGACAAGGAGGAGACCCAGGAGGUCGCCACCGUCACACCCUGAGAGGAGACGCCAGGAGGUCGCCCCCCGUCCGCCCCGGGGAGGAGACCCAGGAGGUUGCCCCCGUCACCCCGAGGAGACCGAGGAGGAGACCCAGGAGGUCGCCCCGUCACCCCUGAGGAGGAGACCCAAGGAGGACGAGGAGGAGAACCCAGGAGGUCGCGCCCGUCAGCCACGACGAGGACAGGAGGAGAACCCAGCAGGUGCGCCCCGUCACCGCCCGAGGAGUGACGAGACCCCAGCAGUCGCGCCCCGUCACCACCCCGAGGAAGGACGAAGGAGGAGACGCCAGAGUCGCCCCCGUCCAGCCCUGAGGAGGAGACCCAGGAGGUCCGCCCCGUCCACCCCCGAGGGAGGAACGAGGCAGGAAGACCCAGGAGUCCGCCCCCGUCAGCCCUGCGAGGAGGAGAACCCAGGAGUCGCCCCGUUACCCCUGAGGAGGAGACCAGGAGGUGCCCCCCGUCACCACCGAGAAGGAGACCAGGAGGUUGCCCUGCACCGCACGAGGAGACGAGGAAGGAGACCCAGGGAGGUAGCCCCCCAGUCACCCCCGAGGAGGACGAGGAGAAGACCCAGCAGGUCGCCCCCGUCACACCACGACGAAGGACGCAGGAAGGAAGACCCCAGGAGGUCCGCCCCCGUCACCCCUGAAGAGGAGAACCUCAGGAGGUCGCCCGUCACCCCGAGGAGGACGAGGAGGAGACCCAGGAGGUCGCCCCCGUCCACCCCCUGA